GAGGCAUUGGAGCUGCGUCCCGAGGCGGCGGAGCGAAGACUGACCCUGGGCAGUGACGUGGGGGCGGGCCCUGGGGAGUGGGGCGGGUCCUGGGGACUGGGGCGGGCGGCCGAGCCCCGGAAGCAGACUGAGGCAUUUCGCCAUGGAUGAAGCGGACCGGCGGCUCCUGCGGCGGUGCCGGCUGCGGCUGGUGGAGGAGCUGCAGGUGGACCAGCUCUGGGACGCCCUGCUGAGCCGCGAGCUGUUCAAGCCCCACAUGAUCGAGGACAUACAGCGGGCAGGCUCUGGAUCUCGGCGGGAUCAGGCCAGGCAACUGAUCACAGAUCUAGAGACUCGAGGGAGUCAAGCUCUUCCUUUGUUCAUCUCCUGCUUAGAGGAUACAGGCCAGGACAUGUUGGCUUCAUUCCUGCGAACUAACAGGCAAGCAGUACAGUUGUCGAAGCCAACCCUAGAAAACCUUACCCCAGUGGUGCUCAGACCAGAGAUUCGCAAACCAGAAGUUCUCAGACCGGAAACACCCAGACCAGUGGACAUUGGUUCUGGAGGAUUCGGUGAUGUCGGUGCUCCUGAGAGUUUGAGGGGAAAUGCAGAUUUGGCUUACAUCCUGAGCAUGGAGCCCUGUGGCCACUGCCUCAUUAUCAACAAUGUGAACUUCUGCCGUGAGUCUGGGCUCAGCACCCGCACUGGCUCCAGCAUCGACUGUGAGAAGUUGCAGCGCCGCUUCUCCUCGCUGCAUUUCAUGGUGGAGGUGAAGCACGACCUGACUGCCAAGGAAAUGGUGCUAGCUUUGCUGGAGCUGGCACGGCGGGACCACAGUGCUCUGGACUGCUGUGUGGUGGUCAUUCUCUCUCACGGCUGUCAGGCCAGCCACCUGCAGUUUCCAGGGGCUGUCUAUGGCACAGAUGGAUGCCCUGUGUCGGUCGAGAGGAUUGUGAACAUCUUCAAUGGGACCAGCUGCCCCAGCCUGGGAGGGAAGCCCAAGCUCUUUUUCAUCCAGGCCUGUGGUGGGGAUCAGAAAGACCAUGGGUUUGAGGUGGCCUCCACCCCCCCUGAAGACGUGUCCUCUGGCAGUAACCCCGAGCCAGACGCCACCCCGUUCCAGGACGAUUUGAGGACCUUCGACCAGCUGGACGCUGUAUCUAGUUUGCCCACACCCAGCGACAUCUUUGUGUCCUACUCUACUUUCCCGGGUUUUGUCUCCUUGAGGGACCCCAAGAGUGGCUCCUGGUACGUUGAGACCCUGGACGACAUCUUUGAGCAGUGGGCUCACUCUGAAGACCUGCAGUCCCUCCUGCUCAGGGUCGCUAAUGCUGUUUCGGUGAAAGGGAUUUAUAAACAGAUGCCUGGUUGCUUUAAUUUCCUCCGGAAAAAACUUUUCUUUAAAACAUCAUAAGGCCAGGGCCCCUCACCCUGCCUUAUCUUGCACCCCAAAGCCUUCCUGCCCCAGGCCUGAAAGUGGCUGAGACCUGGACUUUCCUGCAACUCAAGGACUUUGCAGCCGGCACAGGGUCUGCUCUUUUCUCUGCCAGUGACAGACAGGCUCUUAGCAGCUUCCAGAUUGGCGACAAGUGCUGAACAGUGGAGGAAGAGGGACAGAUGAAUGCCAUGGAUUGCAUGUAGCCUCUUGAGCAGUGGCUGGUCCAGGGCUAGUGACUGUCCUGUGAUCCCUGUGUUCUCUCUAGGGCAGGGAUUAACCUCUGUACUACUGACCUGUGGGGUCAGGUCACCCUUUGCUGUGAGGCUGUCCUGGAUGUUCAGCACUGUCCCUCGCCUCAAUGCCAGUGACACGUCUCCCUGAGUGGUGCCAAACAAAAAUGUUCUCAGGUGUUGCCAAAUAUGUCCUGGGGUAUAAAAGUUUACUCCCCUGACAACCACUGGUCUGUAGGGAUUUUUGGCUACACACAAACCAGUAUCUCUCAUAGAUCAGCAAGCUGGGGCCUACCAGAGUCUGAACAGCUGUAAUCUGUGAAUUCUAAGUGAAGUUUUAAAAAUUGUUAAUUUUCCCUACAUUGCAUUAAUCUUAAAAACUAAAAGGCAAAUAUGGA